AUGAGGAGGAUGAAGAUGGCCACCCAGCAGCCCCUGCUCAUAGGCAGCUGCUCCGGCUUCAUGGAGACCACCGUCAAGAUCAAGCAGAACGACAUGCUUCCCGGACCUAAGUUGGAGCUGGAUGGGAAGGUGGGCUGUCUCCACCUGCUGCUCUCACCUGACCAGAUCACACACCUGAAGGACCUUCUGUCCGCCCUUUGCAUCGACACAGAACCAGAGGAUAAGAGUGGCGUCCACAGCCGGCCCCUGGACUCAGACGACCUGCGUCUGAUAGAGGACGACCUGAGCAAGCAGCUGGGCUCCAGCCCCAAGGACAGAGACCCGGACUGGGACUCGGAACCUGACCUGGACCCCUACCUCACCGGCAUGGAAAACGGAGGUCCAGAGAUGUUCUACUCCAUGGGUCCAGGGAUGACCAGCAGUGUGAUGUCAGCGCGUUCAGGCAGCGAGCUCUCCGACAGUGACAUGGAGUCGUCCACACACAGCCAGUCCAGCCUCUCACAGGGACUACCACUGUCUGGACAGGGCCUUGCCAACUGUCCCAGGCGCUAUCCUGGACCAGGAUCCCUGUCCAGUCUUCCCCAGUGUAGCCGCAGAACCAGAGUGAGCUCCCACAGUAGCCAAUCAGAGCCCCUGAAGCCUGACGCUUUGCUCCGCCUCACGCUGGGCGGGCUGACACUGACCCUCCUGGAACAGGACCCGCCCUCCGACCCCGAUGGAGCACCUUCAUUGGCCAAUGUGUCUCAGGUGUUCUUUCGGGAGCUGGGUUUCUUCAAGGACAGCAUGUUCAGCGAGAGAGACUUCCACCAUCUGAGAGCCAACUUCACUAAAGCCUGCCCUCACUCCCACCUCAGACUGACAGGGGCGGCAGUGCAGGUGGCGUGCGAGAUGCGUAGUGGCGGGCGCCAUGCCCGGGCCGUGACCUCCGACCUCUCCUUCAGCCGCUUGGAGGUCCUGGAGUGUCUGUGGGAGCCGGAUGCACCCACCUACACAGAGUUGCUCCAGUUCCAGAGGGCAGGUCUGUUUACAGUCGGAGCCACAGCCCGACCCUGCGCCCAGCUGCACUAUGGCCUCACAGAGAAACACCUGCGCAAGGGGAAGCAGCGCGUGGUGCGCAGGGACAGUGUGCUAAAGGUGGACCUGGGGGAGCUGAGCGCCGAGUUGGACCUGGACAUCCUGAGCCGUCUGGGACACCUGAGCCGAGCUUUCAGCUUCUGUCCCACUGAGACAGGAGGGCCUUUACACACACAGACCCAGAGCAGCGAGCUGCGCUCCUCUCUCUCCGUCCUCUCGCCCCACGCCGUCCUCCGGCUCCGCUUCCCCGUCCCCGACCUGCGCCCGCCGUCGCUACGCCGCCCGCCCUCCCAGAGGGCCGUGCGGCAGGAGACCCUGGUGCUGGAGCUGUGCAACCUGGAGGUGAAGCACCGCGAGGGGCCCGACCUCCAGGCGGAGCCCCCCUCCUCCUCCCUCCAUCAGCACCCUCCCGGAGCGGCCCCCUCCACCCCCCUCACACAGCUGCUGGAGGCCUCCUUCAGCGAUUUACACGGGCUGUAUGAAGGCUGGGAGGGCGGCUCCUUCCCCUGCAUCAGAGUGCAGAAGAGCAAAGACUCCAUGCCAAGGUUGACUGUGCGGGUGAACGGGGGUGAGGGUCUGGGGUCCAGUCUCGGGGGCGUGGGGCUGGGUCUGAUGAGGGACUUGGGCGCCAUGUCGUUUGAGAACCCGUGUGAGCUCCGGGAGAAGACCAGCUCCCCCUUCUCUUCCAACCGCACCAUGUUUGAGACGGAGGAGAUGGUAAUCCCUGCCGACCCAGAGGAGAUGCAGCAGUUCCAGGCCCAGUGUGUGGCUCAGUGUCAGUGUGUGGUGGACAUCUCUCUACCCCUGGCCUGCAUCCUGCUGCCCAGCAAACAGGCCUUCCAGAGCCUCUACAACAGGAUCAACAAUGACCUGUUGAUGUGGGAGCCUCCUCCGCCCACCGCCUCCCCCAGCACCCACAGUCCCCAGCCCAACCGCCGCCAUCACGACGACGAGUUCCAGCUCUGCAAGUCGGCCUUCAGGCUGGAGUCUGACUCGGAGGAAGACGAGCCUCAGUUUCACUCGGCCAAGGAGUCGGCCAGGAAGCGCCAGUCCGAGUCCCGCUCCAACCACUCCCUCAGCCUGCUCUCCCUUACCGUGGUCAUUGGCAAGGGCCGCCUUCAAGCCAUGACGGACAGCAAAGAGGACCAGAAUCAUGGGGAGAUUCUCUUGGAUCUGGAAGGGGGGAAGAUUUUCAGUGUUGCGCAGCACCAGAACAACCCACACCUUAACUUCCUGUGCCUGGAAAGCAACAGGGUGGAGCUAUACCACAGAGCGGUAGUAAAAGACUCCCCCAUCCCGAGCCGGUUGGAGAUGCCCUGCUUCACUCCCCCAGUGCAUCUGGACCCUACCAUCUACCCUACUGAGGUGGGGGUGAGCAGUGUGAGUGGCAGGGAGGCCGAGGUCCAGAUGCUGUCCACGGCCAUCAAGGUCACCCUGGAGCCUCAGAGGAAUGUCAAGGAGUUCUUAGUCGCCCUCCGUCUCCAAGGUGCUACCAUGCGACAUCACAUGACCCAGACCAAUCAGAGUUGGCACGAACAGCUGCUUGACUUCCUGGACGUCAUCGAUGACCCCAUCCUCGGGUACUCACCUCCUGCUGUUAUCACGGUCCUGCACACUCACCUGGGCACCUGUGCCGUGGAUUACAGGCCCCUCUAUCUUCCUGUGCGGGCCUUGUUCACGGCCGAGUCCUUCUCUCUGUCCAGCAACAUCAUCGUGGACACAGCCACUUUCCACCUGCGCUUCAUCCUGGACGACUCAGCCCUUUACCUCUCUGACAAGUGCGACAGCGACACGGUGGAUCUCCGACGAGACUAUGUUUGUGUCCUGGAUAUUGAUCUACUAGAGUUGGCCAUCACAACAUGGAAGGGCAGUAACACAGGGAAACUGUACCUGGUCUCCCAGGGCGACUUGCACCCGCCCCCUCGCCACACGUCGCCCACUGAGAUCGCCGGACAGAAACUUCCGCUAUCAGAAAGUCCCGCCUCCUUGCCACCCUGCCCUCCAGCUGAGACCGCCGAGAUCAACCAAUACGAUCUGGCCGACGCUUUGAUUGACACAGAAAGGAGCCAUCGAGAAGAGGAUAUGGACUCCGUGUCUCCCACGGUUCCCAGGGGCUCACCAGUCUCUGUCUACCUGUUCCCUGGGGAGGCGCGCAAACUCCUCCCCCCCUCUGUCCCGAAGGAGGGGGAGGAGUCUGAGCUGGACGGACUGGUGGCCACGGCCACAGAGGUCCAGGCGGACGCCGUGUCUGAGGAAGGCUCCGAGGGUUCCACCGACAACGAUGACUUCUGUAUCCUGGAGGCUCCUGGGAUGGGCAUACCUCCCAGAGACGGGGAGCCCCUGGUCACGGUGCUGGCCCAGGGUCCUAUCAGGGUGAAGGAGGGCCACUUCUCCAGGCCGCGGGGCAGCUCUGACCUGCUGCGCGCCCCCGGCCGCUUCCCUGUGCCCCAGAGCAGGGUGAUCCUCCGGGAGGUGUCUGUCGUCUGGCACCUGUACGGGGGCAAAGACUUUGGCGGCAAGCCCCUGUCGGUGCACACCCCCCACGGAAGCAGGGGUCGCUCUGCUCCCGCUGGCAUCCGUGGUUCCCCCUCCCGUUCCGUGGCCCCCUCGCGGCCUCAGAACUCCUGGCGCUGGGCUGGAGGGAGCGGGCGGCAGCACACCAUGCUCAUGGAGAUCCAGCUGAGCAAGGUGAGCUUCCAGCAUGAGACCUACGCGGCGGUGCUGCUCGGCCCGGGCCAGGACGUCGAGGGGGCGGGGCCUGGCGGGGAGCAGCCCCUCUCUCGGCAGGUGUUCAUCGUCCAGGAGCUGGAGGUGCGAGACCGCCUGGCCUCCUCCCAGAUCAACAAGUUCCUCUACCUGUACACCAGCGAGAGCAUGCCCCGACGAGCCCACUCCAACAUGUUGACGGUGAAGGCUCUGCAGGUGUGUCCAGAGUCCGGCCUGGGUGGUCCAGAGUGUUGUCUCCGGAUCAGUCUCCUUCCACUCCGCCUCAACAUCGACCAGGACGCUCUGUUCUUCCUGAAGGACUUCUUCAGUAGCCUGGCUGCCGGAGUUAACCCCUACCUGCCCGUGGACCUCGCAGCUGAGGUGAGGCCAGACCCUUCCCAGAAGUCAGCUGAGGAGGCGGAGUCAGGCAGCACUCUAGGGCCUGACCUCACAGCUUCCGUGGAAACGACCUAUAGCGAGCAGAGCGCCUCCUCGGCCGGCUCCUCCUCUUCCACCGACCAGCCAAUCUACUUCCGGGAAUUCCGUUUCACCUCUGAAGUGCCCAUCUGGCUGGACUAUCAGGGCAAACAUGUUGUCAUAGAGCAGGGAACGUUUGCUGGGAUCCUGAUUGGUCUGGCCCAGUUGAACUGCUCCGAGCUGAAGCUGAAGAGGCUCUGUUGCAGACACGGGCUCCUGGGAGUGGACAAGGUGAUCCAGUACGCAGUCACCGAGUGGCUCACCGACAUUAGGAAGAAUCAGCUGCCAGGCAUUCUGGGAGGUGUAGGCCCCAUGCACUCUGUAGUUCAGCUGUUUCAUGGGGUUAGGGACCUGUUCUGGAUGCCCAUAGAACAGUACCGGAGAGAUGGGCGCAUUAUCCGGGGUCUCCAGCGGGGGGCAGCAUCCUUUGGCACUUCCACUGCCUCUGCUGCCCUGGAGCUUAGCAACAGGCUGGUGCAGGCCAUCCAGGCUACAGCGGAGACAGUCUACGACAUCCUGUCCCCCACACCACCGCUCAACCGCUACGCCAUCACCGAGGGCCGGCCCGCCUCCUCCCGCCCACGACGAGCCCCCCAGCCCGCCGACCUCCGAGAGGGCGUGGCCAAGGCCUAUGACACCGUCAGAGAGGGGGUGAUCGACACGGCUCAGACACUGUGCGACGUGGCGUCCCGCGGGCACGAGCAGAAGGGUCUGCCUGGAGCUGUGGGCGGAGUCCUGCGGCAGAUCCCGCCCACCGUGGUCCGUCCCUUAAUAGUGGCCUCUGAGGCCACGUCCAACCUGCUGGGGGGCAUGCGGAACCAAAUCAAGCCAGACGCGCGGAAGGAGGACUUCUUAAAAUGGCGCACUGAAGAUGGCCAGGAGUGA